GCCAUGGCUCGGCAUGGGUAGCGCGGGGCAGGGGCGUGUCGCUCUCCUCGGGAAAAAGCGUGCCCCAGCUGCAAGCCACAGCCGCGAGCAACUCAACUUGAAGCUCAUCUCAACCCGCCGUGUCGGAACUCAUCACUCCGUCCACCACAUCACUUCAAGCCUUCAAGCUCACCUCCCCCACCCUCCCCAUCCCCACCCCCAACCCCAACCGCCGCACGGCGACAUUUGGUUGACCUUCCAUCUUCAUAUCGAGGCUCCGGCCACACUACGCCUCCACGCUAGCUCCUAUAUUUAUAGUCGGGUAGUCUCUCUCGGGCGAGUCAAGGGAAGAAGAAGCCAAGCGAUAGGGGCAGGGGAGGAGGCGGGGAAGAGGACAAGCAGGCGAUCCGGUGGAAGCGGAUACAGACAAGCGAGCAGCAACGACUCUACUCCCUAGCCACAAGGUUUUGAGGUGAAUCCAAGAGAAGAAGGAGAAGCCCACGCACGGGCGUCGAUGGCGUGUAGCUGCGGCGGCAAGAGGCCCAGACCAGCCGUCCCCUUGCUGCUGGCGCUGCUGCUCGUCGUCUCGUGCGCGUUGUCGGUGUCGGCCAGCGGCGGCGGCGGCAGGGGCAACGGCACACGGACGGCGGAGUUCCGUUCCGGGGACGAGCUGCGAGCUUACCAGAGCAUCGUCGCCCGGAUGGACAAGAUGAAGAAGGCCUCCGUCAAGACCAUUCAGAGCGCCGACGGCGACAUCAUCCACUGCGUGCCGGCGCACCUCCAGCCGGCGUUUGACCACCCAACGUUGAGAGGCCAAAAGCCAGAGGCUGAGCCAGAGGAGAGGCCCAAGAUCAGCGCCGACGCCGCCGAGGAAGAAGGGGACGCGGUGUUCCCGCAGGCGUGGAGCGACGGCGGCGAGUCGUGCCCCGGCGGGACGGUCCCGAUACGGCGGACCACGGAGAGCGACCUGCGGCGGUACUCCGGUUCCCUCCGGCGGUACGGGAUGAAGCCCCGCGCGUCCGGCGUCCGCCGCGACUCCACCAGCGACGGCCACGAGCACGCGGUGGGGUACGUGACCGGCGACCAGUUCUACGGCGCCAAGGCGAGCCUGAACGUGUGGCCGGCCAGGGUGGCGUCGGCGGCGGAGUUCAGCCUCUCCCAGAUCUGGGUCAUCUCCGGCACCUUCGGCAACGACCUCAACACCAUCGAAGCCGGCUGGCAGGUGAGCCCUCAGCUGUAUGGCGACAACAGCCCGCGCUUCUUCACCUACUGGACGAGCGACGCGUACCAGGCGACGGGGUGCUACAACCUGCACUGCUCGGGGUUCGUGCAGACCAACCGGCGGAUCGCCAUCGGGGCGGCCAUCUCGCCGGCGUCCGCCUACAACGGCCGCCAGUUCGACAUCAGCCUGCUCAUCUGGAAGGACCCGCGCCGGGGCCACUGGUGGCUGCAGCUCGGCUCCGGCCCGCUCGUCGGCUACUGGCCCUCCUCCCUCUUCUCCCACCUGGGCGGCCACGCCAACAUGGUGCAGUUCGGCGGCGAGGUCGUCAACACGCGCCCCUCGGGCUCCCACACCCCCACGCAGAUGGGCAGCGGCCACUUCCCGCGCGAGGGAUUCAACCGCGCCGCCUACUUCCGCAACGUCCAGGUCGUGGACUGGGACAACAACCUCCUCCCCGCCAGGGACCUCCGGCUCGUCGCCGACCACCCGGCAUGCUACGGCAUCCAGGGCGGAUACAACCGCGCCUGGGGCAACUACUUCUACUACGGCGGGCCGGGCCGGAACGUGCACUGCCCCUAGCACGUCUACGUACUGAUCGUCAUCGGUGCCGGUGCCGGUGCCGGAGAAAAAGCAGACCCAUCGAUCUACUUAACUGAGAAAAGUACUGCUGAUUGAUCGUUAAUUCUUACUACUAUGUACGUACGUACGCGUGAUGAGCAUUGCCAAGGGAACGGGCAGCAAACAUCGAUCCUAUGUAGCUAGCUAGUGGUUUCGCGCGCGGGGUGCUUCUUUUGAUGUGGUUGAGGCUUGUUCUUCUCCUUUUCUCUUUUUGAGCUUCGUAGCUUGUAUACGUGAAGAAACUGACAUAUAUAUAGAGAGAGUAAUGUGGAUUUUUUCUUAA